ACAUGGAGGUCGUCUAUUUUAGGAGAUGUGGAGGGUGAUCUGCAGCAGGUUCCUGGCAUUGUCGCUGGGCAGCUUCCCCGGCCUCUGCCACACGGCCAGCCUCCUCCACAGCCUGGGCUCCGUGACGGUGAGCCUUCAGCACUCCCAAUGUGGUUCAUCUCCGUCAUCCCGGCCUUAUGCCCCGUGCACCGAGCCGCCCCCUUCCGCACGGGUUUAUGUGUGCAUGUGUGCGCUCAGGUUCUGUGCUGUGUGGACAAACAAGGGGUUCUGUCAUGGCCCAGCCCAAACCCGGAGAAGGUCCUCUUCUUCAGCCGGUCUGCUGGUAACUGGGCUGGGGAGAAGCAAAGUGAAUCAGACCCUCAAAAUGCUUCCAGGAGGUAAAUCCUGCCUGACGAGUUUAUAUUCAGAAGUUUCUCCUGUAGAGUUACCCCCCCGGUCCUUUCCCGUUUCACAGAGCUUGCUGGCAGUGUUGAGCCUGUCCCCAGGUGGGGGCACAGACACCCACGUUCAGUUCGACGAUCUGCACUGGCAGCUGCACAGCUGCUCGCUGGGUCUGGGUGCCCAGCUGGCAUCGUGCGACCCGGACACUGCGGCCACACUGUGCCACCUGACCGAUCACCUGACCCACGUGGCCCUGCUGAAGAGCGGCCCGCGUAGCCAGCCUGUGUGCCCACCGUGGGGGCUGUACGAGUUGGCAAGGAUUCUGGGUAACUGGUGUCUCUGAAGUCAGCUUCCAUUCAGGAUUAGACAGGCUACAGCCGCAUGACUCAUGUGUUGAUAGAAUGACACGCCUUGUCGGUUUCUAGCUUUUUUCUGGAGAUUUUAUUUUACAGACUGAUGACUCAGAAGUUAUACAUGGCUUUGCAUGUGUCCGUUAUAGCUUAAUUUCUCAGGUUCUUUACUUUUGAGUUUAAAUCUGCAUGACGAUCACAUUAACCCAGGAAACAGGGAGUGCCAUUUGCACACACACAUUUAAUAAAUGCAGAGCUGUUUUACUUAAGAGAAUAAAGGAGAGAUCAUAAAGUAAGAUGAUUUUGUUGUUCCUUAAACGUAUAAAAAGCUCUCAGGCUGGAGAGCUGACAGGUGUAUCCUGGUGAUUAGAUACUUCAUUACCCCUGAGCUGUACUGAUGAACAAAUUCGGUCAAAAGAUGGUUACUGCCUGAUUCGAACCGAACUCCUGCCCAAUCCCUUCAGGUUGAAACUAACCCCGAGCAAAGAUCCCGAAUCCUAUUGACUCAGAAGAGCGAGCAUUAUCAGUGUGAGAGUGACCAAUUGACAUGCUGAUCCCCUAAACCUCCCAGGCUCCAGGGGGUGCCAGACUUUUGUGACAGUCUGAGGCCAAUGCCAUCAACGACUCUCAGUCAGCUUCACUGUGCCUGCGUCUUUCCGGCAGGGUUUCGGCCUUCCGUCAAAGAGUUCUUCCAGCGCCGCAUGAGCGUAGCUGCCUACGCUCUGCCUGCCGCCCCCUGUACCCAGAAUCCCGCCCCCUGGCAGCAGCAGCCCGUAUGCAAGAGGAGGCUCCCCUUCUCCCACAUC